AUGGCUGAUAAAUCGACAGAAGUUGAAAAAGCCAUCGACCCGAUCGUGGACUUGGGUAACCUGCUGUUUAUUGAUAGAGAGCCACUUCAAGGAGAUCCAAACGAAGGACUCGAAGAGCGCGCCAGGAAAAAUACCCAGCUCCUCUUCAACAAUAUUUGGCAGUUGGAGCAGAAACGAGUUGAGGAAGCAAUCACUGUAACUCUUCCAGUCGCUACUUACCGUCUUCCACGUGAGAAGAAGAUGCCAGAGAAGAAGGAGCCAACGAAAUGGGAGAAAUAUGCCAAGGAGAAAGGAAUUGAGAAGAGAAAGAAGGAUAAGAAGGUGUUCGAUGAAGCCACGAAGGAAUGGAAGCCUACUUAUGGAUACCGUCGUGGAAAUGACAACACGAAAGAUUGGCUUAUUGAGAUUCCAGAUAAUGCUGAGGAUCCAAACAAGGACUUCUUUGCUGAGAGACGUGAAAAGAAGAAGGAAAGAGUUGCCAAGAAUGAAAUGCAGCGAAUGAAAAAUCUUGCUCGUCAAAUGAAGACAACCGUUAAAACUGGACCUUCAACAGAGAAAAUUAUUGGAGUAGGAAUUGACGCGAAAGAAAAGUCUAAACAGCAAGUUCGCUUCGCCGUCGACCGUGCAAAACUUGCCACCGCUUCCGCUGGUAAAUUCCAAGAAGGAUUGAAAGGCGAGAAGGCUAACGUUAAAACUGGAAAGAAGAGAAAGUUCGAAGCUAAUGAAGCUCCAGUUUCUGGCGAGAAAGAACGUGCUCUGCAGAUUCUUCAACGAAUGAAAUCAAAGAAGGCUAAAAUCGUCGAAGAGAAAAUUGCUGCUGUCGCUGGACCAACCAGAGAAAAGAAAGAGAAACAGGAAAAGAAAGGUGCCAAGGAUCAAACGAGACAAAAGAGUCAAAUUCACCGACAACAAUGGUUCAAAAACAAGGUUGACGGCAAAAAGAAGGGAACCGUCGGAGCUAAAAAGAAGGGAGCCAACAAGAGAAAGUAA